GCCUCUGCCUCUGCCUCUGCCUCUCCCUUCUCUCUCUCUCCCCCACUGCGCUGCGCACCCGUGUCAUCCUUCUCUCAACGGACCCCCAGGCGGUUCGCACUGCCUUAACCCACUCCCUAAUAUCCCAGCCAGGGUCAGUCUUCAACCACCAUCCGUCGUGUCCGCUGCUGGGUCUGAAGUCGCUGGGAUCUCUUCGCUCGAGUCGAAUUUCUUCUUCUCUUUCUUCUCCCCCUUCCUCCUCCUCCCCCCACCCGUGCCCAGCCAGCGUGCGUAGCAUCACCUGGUUUGCCUUCAAUUGCACGCGCUCAAUCAACUCUAGCCUGAACGACAAUCGAAAGGAACCAACUUCCAGGUCCGUGUUCUCGCGAUAGGGGCCGUUUCUCGAGGACCAUCUCACCUUCUUUAAUUCCUCUACGACAUUCGCUCUUUCCCGCCGUGGAAAAUUAAUCGUAAUUUAAUCUUUCACCAACUGUUACUAUCGUUUGAGAACGUCACGAAAUCGAUUGCGCCCCGACAAUUCGACUUCUUCAACCUAAACUAAUCACACAUUCACUCACUUGUUUGCUCAGGAGAGCAGUUUUUGGCUACGAUUAUUAACCGCCCAACAUAUCUCCAUCGAUCAUUGCAUCGACCACUCCAGACCACUUUCGACAACAACUCUUCGACGAAUCAGGCAAAUCAUUCAAAGCUCUUAUCCCGACGACCAUGACCUAGGUGUUAUUGAAGCUUAAGACAUCACCGAUUCCUGCAUCAGCUUGUCGAACUUUGUCUACCACGCCAACCCAAUUCUGCAGAUGGCUGCACUCAAGCAAGACACGGUCCCUUCGAGGGCUCGUCAGUCGCGGAACUAUGUCACCCCUAAGAGUGUCAUUCUUGGCUUACUUUCUACAUCACCAAUGGUUGUUUCAGCUCAAAAUUCGAACUGCAUAUCUUUAAAGGAUUCAAAAGCUUGCCCAGCAUUCACAUCCGCAUCCAUCUCUACCGCAGAUAGUCUGCUUGACUACUUCCCUUUCUUGCGAUAUGUUUCCGACAGAGCAUCUUUCGAUAGCCAGCUUUCGAACUAUGUGCAGAGAGAUUAUGUCCAGAGACAAUAUCAAUCCUUGUUUGGAUGUAGCAAUCUUGACUUGACUAACACCAGCGACUUGUAUGCUCGCUUCACCACGACCGUGUUAUGCAAUUCCAUUGUCCAGAACUCAAUUGAACCCUGUGGCCUGUCAGCAUCGCAGUCGCGACCUCUCUGCGCCGAUAGUUGUGCCGAGUAUGCCCAAAGCGAGGCUUAUAUAACUUCAGACAACGAGCUCUGUUCGAACCCGUCAAGCAAUCUGCUACAGCUGAUCAGAGCAGACUUCACGAACUGUGCCCUUCCUGGUGGCUCCCUGGACAGUAAGACAUGUAUUCCAGCAAUCGAGAACGAGUCACAGAACUGUGGCUACGGCAACAGCACCGUGGGACUCUGUACCUAUUGUGGUUCAGGCGGCCUUAACUCGACCGACACCUGCUGUUACAACUCAAAUGCCGAGGAACGAUGCAAAGAUGUCACAUUACCGACUUUGACCGCCACCAUGACGUUUACCCGAGUAUCACCAACAUCUUCAGCUACUGAAUCGAGCACUGCAGGUAGCGGGAAUGACAACUCCGAUGAAGAUGACGAUGAAGGAGGGGGAGGAGGUCUAAGCGGCGGAGCAAUUGCUGGCAUUGUUAUUGGCGUUCUUGCUGGCCUAGGUCUACUUGCCCUUGGUCUCUUGUGCCUCAGAAGGAGACGACGACCGAGCAGUCCCAAGGGAAGCAUUUUCAACCAGCCGUCGCCGGCCCGACAAGGUGGAACAACCAUGGCUCAAGCAGCACCCUCCGCCGCCCCUCAGGGAUAUGAAGUUCUUCCCGGUGGACGAAUAGCACGGAUGUCUGCUCUCGAAGGUCAUUCUGGCGAUUCACCUUCUCAUCAUCGCGAUACUUCAUCAGCCGCCGGUGGUAUUGGUGCCGUAGGCGCAUACCCUCGCAGGGAUCAUUCAUCUUCUGACGAGUUCACGUCAAGCCCACCCUCGUCGGAAACGCGUGGCGGAGUCCUUCGUCCACCACCUACUAAACCUCGACGACACGGCUCACUCUCAAGUAGUUCGGCCCUUGGCAGCUCUGUACCGCAGUCCCCAUCUAGUGCUGGGGGAUUCUCAUCGCCUCAAGGCGUCGCUAGCCAACAAUCUGAGCAGUUACCAUUUUUCAAGGAUUACUAUUCUCAGGACGACAUUCACCCCGGUGACCGAAUAGCUGUUCUUUGGGCUUAUCAACCACGGGCAACCGACGAAUUUGCCUUGGAACGGGGAGAUAUGCUCAAGGUUGUGGGCAUAUGGGACGAUGGUUGGGCAACAGGUGUAAUGCUCAACGAGCGGGCAGAUGAGUGGGAGGCUCGGCGACAAGCUCAACGCGAUAGUGGCGUCUCGAACGCGUCGGGUCGCCGCGAUAGUUCCCCUGCUGCAGAGGGCGAAAUAAAAGCAUUCCCUCUGGUUUGUGUCUGUCGUCCCGAGCACUGGAGGAAGACGAUUGAGGGUGAUGGAUCGACGGAAACUGGUUCCAAUGGCUUCAAUGCUCACUCAUCGUUCUCAUGAUUAAUACAGUCACGACACCUUAACUUGAAUACGGCCCUGGAAGGUACACGUUAUCGGUACAUUGGUUUAAUGGCUAUGGCGUUCUGGUUUCUCGACACACCCUGUUGGCAUCCGCAGCACAAACUUGAUCCGAUAUUUUCGCAAGUUCAAUACGAAUAUCACUUUUCACGCUCCGCCGUUCGGAGAUAUCCCAAUCCCGAUCAACUUACCAACCAUCUGUAUUACGCCGUUGUUCGUGUUCGACCUAAGGAAUUAUGACGAAUUUAGGACCUAGGUCCUUACUUUCAAUUCUAGCGCUGAAUUAUAUACCCGGUGCGAACCACCCAGGAUUGCUGUUUUGCAGAAUUGAGGAUGACAGUGCAAGUAAUGCGUGGGGAAAACGAGGGGACGAGAGGAGAGAAGAUGGCGGCAAGAUGAAGUAGCCGCACCACGUUCCUUACGCCUUCAAGGCUUCUUAUGAUGAUGUUCAAUAAAUAAACACUCACUACCAUAGAUAGAGCACCUUCUUCAUGGGCGGCUAUGACGCCUAACGACUUUUUAGCGAUACUGCAAAUAAGUUCAUUAUUUUUGAUGAUUUACCCACU